AUGGACCCUGCGCAGAGCGCUGCUGAGUCUUCUGGGUCCGCUUCACAGGUUUUCAAUCUUACUUCUACCUCAAUGCAAAAUCAGAUUCACGAACUUGCCAAAACGUUACCUCCUCCCCGGAAGCAGAAUACGGCGUGUGAUGCUUGCAGGGCGCGCAAAGUGAAAUGUAACCAGCUUCCUGGGCAAGACAAGCACUGUCUGUCGAAGAAUUAUCCUUGCACACACUAUGUUCAACAAGCAACGAGCGAGAAGAAGCGUAAUGCUGCUGCAACCAAGCGACCCCGUACCUUGAGCGUCCAUAACCCGCACUCGUCACUUCCUGGUUCAAGCCGGACGAGUCCAGAACAGGCGCCCUCUCCACCACAUCCUCCGAUCUCACCGCCUUAUCAGACAACGGCGUUUGGAAAUGGCAUUUAUUACCCGCCACCACAUCCGAUCACGCUGCAAACGCCUACCAGGGACCUUCUUACCUACCUGUUUUCUCCGCCAACCUCCAGUUUUGCCAGGGGAUAUGCCCCGGUGGCUUCCCCGUACGGCGAUUGGGGGGAGAUGGCAAGUCGGUUAUCAGAGGAGUCGUUCAGGAUGGAAUUUGCACUGGAUCUAGUCGAGGUGUUCUUUCAGAUAGUGCACACGCGACUCCCGCUCCUUAAUCCUGCGCACUUCCGCGCGCGCAUGCGCGUCAAUCUGUACGGUCCUCAACAGCAACCUAAUACACCCCCUGCGACGACAUCGAGAUUCCCCAGCCCGAAGAGCGAUUUGCUGCCAAAUGGAGCGCCGAAGCCUAUCCAUCCAGCAUUGAUCGCGACUGUCAUCGCGUGGGGCGCGAAAUUCUCUGAACAUCCACUACUCAUUGCGGAUCGCGCACGCAACAAUCAACAAAGUUUGCUCGCGAAGGCGUUGAUUAACCGUGCACGAGAUCUCGCUGAGGAUCUGAAGGUCCACCGAAUUCCCAGCGCUGACCAUGUAGUAAUCGCUCUAUUAAUAGAGCCUAUGCAGAGUCAGAGCAUGGAGGAUUCUAAUGGCUUCCAUGGCUUCUGGCUUGGGUCGGCCAUUCGUCUACUGCUUGAUUUACAGAUCAACCAUAAAUCUGUGAUGGCCAAUAUCCAAGAUCCAGAAGCGCGCGGCACCAUGAUCUUCGCAUGGUGGAUGGCCUGCCUCGCCGACGCAUACCGCAGCGUGUACUACAGACGCAAGCCGAUGUUGGACGAUGACGACUACGACAUCGACUUCUACACCGUAGGCCCGAUCCCGCCGGACGAGAUCGAGAGUCACGCGCCACAGCCGUCCCCCAGAGAGCAGUUGGAGUUUCUGGGAUACUACCGCGCCUCUCACGCGCUCGCCCGCGUCGCCCGCCAGAUGUCGCGCCAGCUAUGGCGGCCCGCGACGGAGUCGGACGGAAUCCCGCUGGACGUCCUGUGUAACUUCAUGAACCUCCUCGGCGACUGGCGCGACGAGCACCUGCACCAUGUUGGCGUGCCCAGCAACUUCGAAGCGGAGUGGGACUUCGUCAGUGCCGUAACUGCUUGCGCGAGCGAUGCGACGUACCACAUUAUGUGGAUCAUCCUGUUCAACGCCUGCGACGACUUUGGCAUCAGGGAAGUCAAUGAUCUGUUGCGCACGGGAAGUCCGGGAAACCUGCUACCCAAUGCUGCCCAGAUCGAAGCCACCAAGAAGAAAGUCAUGGAAGAGGCGCUCCAUGGAGCCCUGCGAAUCGCGGGAUUGGCUGGUGUCUUGACAUCCAAUGGCUACUUGCGGUUGGACUCGGCGGUCAUGCAUGUCAGCUGCAUACAGGCUGGCAACUUACUCGCACGCCUUGGCCGCCCGGAGGUUGCGAACUGUAUCAACGGCCUGCAGCAAUACAGCUAUGCAUACGAAGAGUGCUCCGACCAGGCAGCGGAAAUCCGGCGCAUCUACGGCCAGGCAACUCUUGGGGUGGAGCUCAACCACAUGGCGUCCGUCGCCCCGCGGAUGAGUCCCAUCGCCGACGUGAAUGCCAUGAAUGUCGAUCAGUCUGCUUUUGCCAGUGGAUAUCGAGGCUGA